UUACUCUAUUGUGAAUUAAACAUUAUUAGCUGUCAUACGAAGGGACUCAAGCUCCACUGGGCAGUGACCACCGAAAAAGUCCACUGGUCCAAUUAAUCCAUUCCAUUUUCCAAAUAAAUUGUCGCGUACACAUUGAAGUUGCCGAGAAGUAGUAGCCGGAUAGGAGUAUUCACAGGAACCAUAUAAAACAUAUUCGCUGAAAAGCAAACACAUUAGGGAAUCAGAUCAUAAACCCUGGCGAACUUGACGAAUAUGAGACGCAACAACAACUAUCCUUAUCAACCGUUAAAUCAAAAUCCCGCUCCACUUGGCCAUGAUUCAUUGGAGGAAGAAAAUGAACGAGCCGCCGAGGAGUUGAAACAAAAAAUUGGAGCCCUUAAAUCGCUGACAAUAGAUAUUGGCAAUGAAGUACGAUAUCAGGAUAAACUACUACGGGGUAUUGAUGAUGAUAUGGAUCGGACACAGGGUUUUCUGGGCAAUACAAUGUCUCGGGUAGUGCGAUUGGCCAAAAAUGGAGGCAGUCGCCAUAUGUGUUACAUGUUUUUAUUUGUACUGUUCGUUUUCCUUUUGUUGUAUGUGGUAUUAAAGCUUAAGUAGUUAGUGGGUGCAGAUGGAGAAGUAAUAGAAACUAGUAGCAAAAAUUAGUGAAAGGUAAAAACGUUAAACGAAACAUUUAUUACACUCUUUUUUUUGUAUUGUACAUUUAUAAAAAGACAAAAAUAUAAAAGUUUGAAAAAUAA